UUCCUUCUCGCCAAGCCAAGGUUCGAUAGGCUUCAGUCAGUCUUCAUGAAUUUAGACCGAAUGUUGCGAAUUUUCGACAUGGCAUACCCAUGAUCUCUACUUUAAUGGACUAAAACACCACCUGUGCAAUCUUCGUGUCCGGUUGGAGUCGUUACGUGCAACCUUUUCGACCUAGUUUAGCCUAGUAUGCGAACAAAGAGAGAGACGAUGAAUGUUGCGCUACCGACGAGUACGAUUUGACAAAAGUGACACUUGAGUGCGGUUGAACAAAACACACUAACAACUAAAUUCUAUCGGCUUUGUCUGAAAGUAAUCUCCACUUUCAGACUCGUUGUUACAAUUAUCGUAAUCUCUGGAUUUUGAAUCUGGCAGCGCGGUGAUACUGGUUAUCUCCUCUGCCACACAGUUCUGAGGACAGGGGUUAAAAUCCCGGCCCCGCCAGUGUAGAGUUUAUAUGUUCUCUUCGUGGCUGUGUGGGUUUUCUGCGGGCACUCUGUUUUGCUCUUCAAAAACUUUUGCGGCAGAUCACGCAGUUUAAAAAAAAAAAAACACGAUCCGAUGACAAGGUGAAACAGAGUUAUUGCUACUUAAAUUACUUAUUCAGUUCCUACAUAUACUUGUGUGUUUAACAAAAGAAACCUCUGGUCAUUCACUGAAAAAUUAAAAGCCUUAAUCCCAUAGGUCAUGUCAUAUGUACUGUAGCUUGAAAAUUUGAAGUCAAUACGAUAUCAUUUAAUGGUGUUUUGAGAAGAUUUUUAUCAGCAAUUAUGAAUUUUCACGCCUCCGCCAUUUUGGCAAGUCACAUGACCUUCUUGCGAGUAUGUGACGUAUUCUGUUCGUAAACAAAGAAAUCAUGGCCGAUUUGUAGUGUGUCAUCACAUGCAGUACCACCACCACCGGACACGUGAAAAUGCCCUACUGUAUUGCGAAAUUUUGCCGUAAUUCGCAUAAAAAUCAUCCGAGGAAGGUUCGGUGGCACAUUCUGCCCAGUAAGAAAAAGAAACAUUUAAGGACCCACUGGCUAGCGAAGUGUGGUCGCCCUGAGCCAUACGACAAACAGGCCAGGGUAUGCAGUGAACAUUUUGUGCACCCAGACGAUUAUUCAGAGAGUAUGGUUCGGUACUCUUUGGGUUUUUUGAAGGAACCUAAACUCAAUCCAGGAGCAGUCCCUUCGAUAUUCAUUGAUCGAUUUGCUAAACAGGACAAAGGGUCACAACAGCUACUACUGCCGGGAAGCACACUGGUCAGCGAUGCUAGUUGUGCACGUAAUAGUAGUAGUUCAAGUACAAAGCGACGCAGGGAAAGAUAUGCAGCUAGAAGCAAGAAAAGGCUUCUUGAGGAAAUGCUUUCCUCUGUCAUCCCUGUUGUGGGUGGUCAGGAAAUGUUAUCUGGUCCAGAACAAGCAGUUGCUAGAUGUACAGAAGAUCUUGGCCUCCAUGAAACAGACAACCCUUCCAAUAUUGAGGAUGAAGCAAGGCUUGGUCAAUCUUCAAGUGUCAUGUUGCCUCCGGAUUUUCACUGUAAAUGCUGCAGGCAGACUAUUGCUGUCAAAGAUGCAUCAAUGCAGCCAGAUAUGGACCCAAUAAGUGAGGCUGUUUCCAAGAAUCACACAUAUUCUAAAAAACUUGAGGACAUCACAGAUCCUGUGCCACCUGCAAGGGCAUCCUCAAAGACCGAUGCAGUUCAAGAUCGCAAAAAGUGUUGUGAUCGGCGCAUGAAAAUGUGUGCAAGAACGACAGGAAAGUACAAGGAAGAAGUUUGUGGACCAAAAAAGGAAGAGGAGCCACAACGUCAGCUACUGGAUGCUGUGUUCAAUCUGCAGCCUCGAUUUGCCCUACGCAGAGCAGAUGUCAGUGAAAAUCUUCGAGAGUGGCAGCAGUUAGUGUUCCAUCACAUCAAAGAGGAAGAGGAGCGUGAAGACGUUAAAUGCAUCAAAGAGGAGGAGUUCCUACACAUAAAAGAGGAAGAGCAGGAAGAAAUCAUUCAGGUUCCAUCCACUGGUGUCCAUUUAAAGAGAAAAGAUGAAGGUCAAAAUGAGGAGAGACGAGGAGCGCAGCCUCCAAACAGGAACUGUUCAAGUGAUCAAGACCAUUGUGAAGGAUCACAAACAGACGGUCGUGAUGAUGAACAGUCAGAAGGUGACAUGACAUGUCACAGUUCCAACGAAUGCUGGAAAUGUUCUCAGUGUAGGAAAGCUUUUGCCUGUGUGAGGAAUUUGAAACAACACAUGAAAACGCGCACAGAUCCCACGGAAGAUGUUGUGUGGCCGAAACCAGAGCCUCCCCACAUCAAAGAGGAACAGGAGGAGGAAGAGUUCCCCCCCAUCAAAGACAGGGAGCUGCAACUCUCUUACGUGAAAGAAAAAGUGGAUGAUGAAUACGCCUCCAACAAACAGGAAAAGGAGGAUAAGGAGGAUAUAGCCAAGUUUCCAUUGAAUGGUGUCCAUUUGAAGCGUGAAGAUGAAAGUCAAGAGAACGGAGGAAUGGAGCCUCCAAGUAACAGCUCAAGUCAACACAUGAAAAGAGAGAGUGAUGGAGAAGACCACUGUGGAGGAUCACAAAUAGACGAGGUCUUAGCACCACUAGCAAACCGUGACAACACAUCAGACUCUUUUGAUGACGACGAACAGUCUGGAGAUGCAUCAAUGCAGCCAGAUAUGGACCUAAUAAUUGAGGCAGUUUCUAAGGAUCACACAUACUCCAAAAAACUUCAGUACAUCACAGAUCCCGUGCCACCUGCAAAGACCGGUGCAGUUCAAGUACGCAGAAAGUGUUGUGAUCGGCGUAUGAAAAUGCGUGCAAAAACAAAAGGAGGAAGAAGGAAGGAAGUUCAUGGACCAAAAAAGGAGGAGGAGCCACAAAGUCAACUACUUGACGCUGUGUUCAAUCUGCAGCCUCGAAUUGUCCUACGCAGAGCAGAUCCGCCCCGUCGCAAACCCCGACGCAAAGCCCGACGCGCAGCCUUCGCAGAAGCUGUGAUCCCCGAAUGCAGCGCCUCAGCCGGUGUGGAUGUCAGUGAAUAUAUUCAUCCAGACUGACAGCAGUCAGUGUCAUGUCACAUGAAAGAGGGAAGAAGAGGGUGAAGUGGUUCAACAUAUCAAAGAGGAAGGGGAAGAUUUUCUACACUUGAAAGAGGAAGAGCAGGAGGAAAUCAUCCAGCUUCCAUCCACUGGUGUCCAUUUGAAGAGUGAAGUCGAAGGUCAAAGUGAAGAGAGACAAGGGGCGGCGCCUCCAAGCAUGAACUGCUCAGGUGAUGGAGAGUGCCACAGGGGAGGAUUACUUACAGUCAGGGAUAAUGAUGAUGAUAUUGACCAGUCUGGAGGUGACUUGACAUGUCACACUGCCAACAAAUGCUGGAAAUGUUCUCAUUGUACGAAAGCUUUUGCUUCUAUGGGCAAUUUCAAACAACACGUGAAAAUACACACAGGUGAGAAGCCUUUUAGAUGCUCAGUUUGUGGUCAAAGAUUCUCAAGGAAUAUUUAAAAAUAUACACAAGAGCCCACACUGGUGAGAUACCUUUUUCCUGCUCAGUUUGUGGUAAAAGAUUCACUCAUAAAGGAGAUUUAAAAAUAAACACAAGAACACACACAGAUGAAAAGCCUUUUACAUGCUCAGUUUGUGGCCAAAGAUUCACGUGGAAGGAAGGUUUAAAAAGACACACAAGAACACACACUGGUGAGAAACCUUUUUCCUGCAGAGUUUGUAGUAAAAGAUUCACUCAUAAAGGAAUAUUUAAAAAUACACACAAGAACCCACACUGGUGAGAAAUCUUUUUCGUGCUCAGUUUGUGGUCAAGGAUUCUCACGGAAGGAAUAUUUAAAAAUACACACAAGAACACACACUGGUGAGAAGCCUUUUUCCUGCGCAGUUUGUGGCCAAAGAUUCUUUUAUAAGACAACCUUAAAGGUCAAGUGUCGUCAAACGGAUGAUUUUUGGUAUAUUAUUAAUGAAAAACCCACAGCCAAUAUGUGUUUUUUCACCACAAAACACGAUUUUGACGUAUACAGUAACUCCCGCAAUGAAAAUCCUCUUCGGGAUUUGUUUUUGAGAAGAAGCAGGAAGUCACAUAUAUGGCAGGACCGCCCUCAAGUGGACUCGUUUGUUUCCAUUAUUUUUACCUCCGGGAAGGUAGCUCGUUGUUCCUUCGUGUUAGUCAAAAUGCCUGCUCAUUGCAUUGCUGGACAUUGCUUGAACACUCGGGAGAAUGGAAUUACCUUUCAUAAGUUUGAAAGAGACACUGUCCAUUGUGAAAAAUGGAUUGCACGGGUGCAGAGGACGAGAGCUUUGUGUGUUCCAAAUAACAGGUAGGUGUGUAUACAACUCCAAAAAAAAAAGUUUGGGGCAGACCACGUAAUCGGUCUCUCUCAUAACGUAGCAAAAGAUCCGCGUAUGAAAUGUCUCGAUGUGUGAGUCGCCCAGCCAACAAUGUCUCGAUAGUGUUCAUCGUGGACUGUGGAAGACUUUGAAAAUACCCCUAAAAGCAACAUAGCUAGGCUCCACUUCCUCCUUGUCUGCCACCACGGGAGCCGAAACUCAGCCACACCGGCUGAGGCGCCGCGUUCGAUGGUCACAGCUUCUGCGAAGGCUGAGCAUCGGGCUUUGCGAUGGGGACGGCUCUGAAGAACCCAGCCGAGAAUGCGUUACUCAGUCGCGUGCGCGCAUAAAGCGCUCCGGCUCGACUGCGAGUACCCCCCUAAAGCAGCACCACUCGGCUCUGUCAUAAGCCACACCGGCCGGCUGCGAUGAGCCGCAAUGGCUCAUCUCCGCCGCGGGAGUGGAUCGGACGGGACGCGGUUAGGGUUAGGGGCGGCCGUGAUGGGAUAUCAUCUCAAUAUGGCUCGAAACAAUAGUGUAAAAUUGGCCUGGAAACUUCACUCGGUUGUGUGGUGCUGUCCUUUUCGAAAAGAACUUCGGUGUCAGAAGCGGCGUCGGAAAAAUGUGAAUAUCUCUGUUGUUCGGCUUCCGUAGUUGCAGGCACUGCGCAUUUUCAACGGCGAAAGUGACAAUGACGCCAAGGACAGAGGACGCAACUAAUAUGGCGACCACUUAGAUGUCGAGGGACACUCAAUUGCGCAACUUUGUGCAUGGAUAACGUGCUCUCUGCUCACUUUUUUUUUUCCGUAUCGACAUUGAAGUGAAUACUGUUAUAUGUAUUUUUUUUUUUCUUUGAGGCCCCAUAGCUCAGUGGUUAGAGCACUGGUUUGUUAAACCAGGGGUCGUGGGUUCAUGUCCCACUGGGGCCUCCACUCCCUGAGAAGGGUUGCGUCAGGAAGGGCAUCCGGUGUAAAAAUUGUGCCAAACAUAUAUGAGUGUUCAUCUGAGAUGACACGCUGUGGUGACCCCGAAAGGGACAAGCCAAAAGAAAGACACACUGUUAUGUAUUUUUCAUUGCAAUAUCUAUUUUAGAAUGUUUAUAGGGAUGUCAGUCCCACUUUAAAAAGAGACAAGAAUGCACACUGGAGAGAAACCUUUUUCAUGUCCAGUUUGUGAUAAAAGAUUCAUUGCGAAGAGAAAAUUAAAAACACACACACAAGAACACAACCUGGUGAGAAAUCUUUUUUGUGCUCAGUUUGUGAUCAAAGAUGUUCUUCUACGUAUCAUGCUCAGACACACAAGUGUGCUGGUAGGAAAAGUCAUGAUGAAGACGCUGUAAAUAUAAUUGUGUAAAUUGAAAGUAAGUACAGUAUUGUUAUUGCCUGAAAAUCAACAUUAUCACAUUUUGUGUACCAUCUUUAAUUCUAUUUUUGACCCAUAACAAAGGUCUCUUGUCCCCAAACGACAGCUGAUGUGAUUUGAGGUUAUCUGAUCCGUAAAAGUAAACUAUUGGGCUAAUAAUUCAAAAUAUAUAUCAAUCCAUCCAUUUUCUGAGCCGCUUAUCCUCACAAGUGUCACAGGAGUGCUGGAGCCUCUCACAGAUAUCUUUGGGCAGGAGGCAGCGUACACCCUGAACAGGUUCCCAGCCAAUCGGAGUGCACAUAGACACUCGCAAUCACACCUUGGGACAAUUUGGAAUCACCAAUCAAUGCAUGUUUUUGGUUUGUGGGAUGAAACCCACGUUGGCACUGGGAGAACAUGGAAAAUCCACACAGGCAGGGCCAGGAUUUUAACCCAUGUCCUAGUAAAUGUGAGGCUAAUGAUUAGCUGUUCCACCUUGCAGCCCACAUAUAUCGUAUAGAUUUCCCAUCAAAAACGUGACUUAGACUCCCGUGCGACUUGUUUUUUCCUUAUUUAUCAUCUCUUUUU